AUGAGCAAGCCGGACCAGGAUGUGGACGGGAUCCUGCUGGAGUUGGGACAGUUCGGUCGCUACCAGCUGCAGAUCUAUUGUUUGAUUUUUCUACCGAUAUUGUUUAGUGGAGUGUACAACAGUCAGUAUAUAUUCGCGGCCGCCGAUUUGCAGUAUAGGUGUAAGGUGCCAGAAUGCGAGUCGUCACCACCGCAAUUCCCCACCAACGGCUGGGGUGCUUGGGCGCUGCCCGAGGACGGAGGUCGGUGUCAGAGGCUGCAGCCCGUGGGGUCAGGCUGCAAUGUGGACAGCUUCCACCCUACCAUAACCGUAUCAUGCGAUCAAUGGGUCUACAAAAGCAAUGACAGUAUUGUCGCUGAGUUUGACCUCGCGUGCCAGGACUGGAAGCGGACACUGGUGGGCACAAUUCACAGCGCCGGAAUCUUCGUAUCACUUCCACUCACGGCCUACAUAUCAGAUACGUUUGGACGACGCGUCGCUUUUAUAGUGACAGCAGUCAGCCCUGCCGUAGCUGGUCUGGCCCGCUCAUUCGCCAACAACUACAUUCUGUACUUGUCACUGGAGUUCCUCGAUGCGAUCGUUGGGGCCGGCGUCUAUACAACAGGGUUCGUUCUUGCUCUGGAAUUGGUUGGCAUCAAAAAGCGAGUUCUUGGCGGCAAUCUCAUAUCCUGCACGUUUGCUGUCGGACAAGCGGUAGUUGCGGUAGUAGCAUGGGCGACGCCAUAUUGGCGAACUAUGACCAGGAUCAUUUACGCUCCGUCUUUACUCUUCAUACUUUAUUACUUUGUGAUCGAAGAGAGCGUCCGAUGGCUGCUAAGCAAAGGAAAGAAAAAAGAAGCAGCAAGAAUAAUAUUCAAAGCGGCAGCAAUCAAUAAGAGAAAGCUUUCACCGGAGACAAUCAAACAGUUGACGGAGGAGACGCCAGAGCCUUCUAAGCAGACGAACGAUCCAACACCAGCACAUUCAGCAAAUGAAAAAUCUUCUAUAAUGCUACAAGUACUAAAAUCCAAAGUACUGAUGAGUCGCACGUGCAUUUGCUCGUUUUGGUGGAUGUCGGUUACUUUCAUCUAUUACGGACUGUCUAUCAACUCUGUCUCGCUUGCGGGAAACAGUUACGUGAACUACAUCUUGACCUCGCUGAUUGAGAUCCCCGGCUACUGUCUCAGUAUAGUCACGCUUGACAGAUUUGGAAGGAAGAGAUCUAUUAUAACGGCCUUCUUUCUUUGUGGUAUUUCUCUAGUCGUCUUACCCUUUGUACCACUUUCGCUGCUGUGGCUACAAACCUCGCUGAACUUGUUCGCAAAGCUUUGCAUCAGCAUGGUGUUCAGCAGUAUCUAUGUGUACACGGGCGAGCUGUAUCCCACAGGGCUUCGUCACCGCAUGAUGGCCGCUUGCUCCAUGGUCGGCAGGAUCGGGCAGAUCAUCGCACCGCAGACUCCGUUAUUGAUGUUGUAUAUGGAGUCCCUGCCAUACUUAUUAUUCGGAAUGAUGGCGGGCUGUUCAGGGUUGCUAAUGCUCCUCACGCCGGAGACCCUGAGUCUAUCAUUGCCAGACACCAUACAGCAGGCCGAGGGCAUCGGCUCCACGUCUUCUAAGAAGGAUCGUCCUGUACCUACCAGCUGA